AAUGUUUCAACCUGCCUCUGCAUCUUACUGAGCCCAUCUAUCCCAGCGUCCAGGUUUGUCGCUUCCAUGAGCUAGUCGCUUGCAUUGAUGCUUCAUUGGCAGCUUAACCGCCGACAGCCUUGCAAGGCAUUGGUGCCUUCCGGGGCUCAGCCUUCCAGGAUGAAAUACCUCCAAGCUGACGAGAUAAUUUCGUGAUUUGCUUGUUGACUUCACUCCUAUGACACAACUAUGUCGGGCCCAAGGUGGAUGCAACCACCUCAAUUCAGGCCGGAUCCAGGGCCCUCUUUCGACGCCGAACCCCACCUGUCAUGGCCGUGGAACUUACCAGCCGUAGACACGAUCCCACCAGGGCUCAAGGAGAUCUUGCGAAGAAACCGAGGAAAUGGAUGUCAAGUGGCGAAGUACUUGUUCGAGCACCGGAAAUGGCGAUUUGAUAGGGCAACCACUAGUUCCAAGGACAUCAAGGACAUGGUCUCAAGACCCGGUCCAUUGGCAGAUCAAGAGAGAACUGACUGCGCGUUCUAUUUUGUAUCAUCAUUGCAAGACGAGGCUACAAGGUCUUUGGGCCACUGGAUGGGCAUUCCUCCGACCUUCUUCGCACUUCCUUCAGUUCACCUAAGAGUCAUCACUGGCAUUAGAUCAGAAAAUCACCUCAUUUUGUCUCUUCAAUACAUGAGCAAGUACUCUAUUGGUCACGAACCGUCAGCGUCUUUACCGCACUGUCGAUUCCGAAACAAAACUGGUCAACAGCCUCACGAAUGGCACGCUAAUCAUGCUCGCCUUGUGUUCCUCGCAGAUUCAACACACAGCAACGCAAAAGCAUUGCCAAAUGGAAAGUCAAUGUGCUGGCUGUGGAGAGGUCUGUACAUGUUUGGUGAAGGAGACGAAUCUGCAGCGACUAGACUACGAGAUCAUAUGGUGGCUCGUGACAAAGACGACCCGGACCCGGCUGAAGUGUAUCAAGGUUUAGGUCACAUCAUUCGAGAUGUGAUUUACAACCUGUGUAAUAUUCGUACAGAGUUUUUCGAUGAAGCCAUGGAACAUUUACAAGUCUUGAGCAACAGAUGCCUGAGCGAAGACCUCGACCCAGUAAAGCAACUUGAGUACAUGCGAGAGCUCUACACGCUACUUCCGCUUUGGUCCCAGGUACGUAGGCAACUAAACGGGACCAAGAAUAUGGUAGCUCAGGUAUCGCGACAUGAGAUGUCCAGCUUCGAGCAAGGCGUGCGAGAUAACAGAUACUACGUCAAGAGGCUCUCAGUCGUCGAAGACCAGCUCGGCCGCUGCGAUGACGCCGCCGACAAGACCAAAAACCUCAUCGACUUGAUCAUGGGCAUCGCGUCAUUACAAGAAUCGCGCGCGGCAGUCCGAGAGAGUCGAGCAGCAAACAGUUUUGCGAGUAGCAUUCAGCGCGUCACGAUUCUGACAUUCAUAUACCUCCCGCUGACGCUUGCCUCAAGUAUACUGGGUAUGAACAUCACCCAAGUCACGGGCGAGGCAACGCACAGUCAGCUGUGGUUGUACUUCGUCAUCGCCAUUGCGCUCAUGGCAGCUACGUUUGGAGGCUGGUACGUGUGGUCGCGGCUAUUGCCGAGUGUCAAGUGCAAGGUAAGGCAACGGGCUUUGAGGCGUGCUGCGACAGUAAAGAGUGUCCAACAAGCACCGUGACAAUGGAGACUUGCUGUGAUGAACUGUUGAUUGUCUCUUUCAACCGUGCCAGCGUUUAUUUCAAGCU